AUGGCCGACAACGUGCAGGAAGGUGGUCGCAAAGUUUGGACUACUCUCAUAACAAAUACUGCGUAUCUGUCUGGUCUUCUGACCCUCGAUUAUUCUCUCAAGAAAGUGGGAUCAAAGUACCCACUGGUUGUUCUCUACACGGACUCAUUUCCUGCCGAUGGACACAAAGCCCUCGAUUCAAGAGGGAUACUGAAGCAGCAUGUGCCGUUCCUGCUUCCAUCGGUAUCUAAAGAUUUUACCAACGACACCCGUUUCUAUGACUGCUGGAGCAAGCUCACGCCUUUCUCACUUGUUGAAUAUGACCGCGUCGUGCAACUCGAUAGUGACAUGUUGGUACUUCAAAACAUGGAUGAACUAAUGGAGAUCCAGCUGGAUUCACCAGAAUUGGAGGGAGAGGGACAACGGGUGUUUGCUGCCAGCCAUGCUUGUGUCUGCAAUCCGCUCCAGAAGCCACAUUAUCCGAAAGAUUGGAUUUCGGCGAAUUGUGCCUAUACUACACAGCAUGACAACGCAGAUAUCGCACAAACAGCUGGGGCUCCGGCCAAUGCAGGAUUGGGAAUACCAAAUGGAGGCCUUCAGGUCGUGAACCCGACCAAAGCCGUAUAUGACAAAAUCACUAAACAGCUCGGCUCGUCUGCAACAUCGCAAUAUGAUUUUGCCGAUCAGUCCCUCCUCGGAGAUAUCUUCCAGGGCCGAUGGGUUGCACUCCCAUACAUUUACAAUGCUCUCAAGACGCUACGGUGGUCCGGCGUCCAUGAUGCCAUAUGGCGCGAUGAGAGUGUGAAGAACGUACACUACAUACUCAGCCCGAAACCGUGGGACGAACUUGAAGACAGCCAGAGACAAUCUGAACAGAAUCAGGAUCCGACCCAUGCGUGGUGGAAAUCAUUGAAUGCGGAACGGUUAGAAGUGGAGCAAGGGAAUGGUCUUGCGGAUGGUUUCUGA